UUUGUAGGGUUGUUCCGAAAAGCCGAAAAGUAAACAAGCUUCUCACGCGUGUGUUUAAAUUGUAAAUUGUAUAAAUGCUACCUUUUUGGCUGUUUUGCGGUUAAAAUGAGAAUGAGAUUGAGAAGAAAUAAAGUUAGAGUCUUCUUCAAUUCCAUUGUAGACACCGAAGAGUAUUCCAUUCAAGGAGAUCGGCAAGUUGAACAUGAAAAAUUUCCUGUUUUAUCGCGCGAAGUUCACUUUGAUGUCAUUGAAGUGGACGAGCAGACGCCGGAGAAGGAAAACCAGGAAAACGUAGAAGCAAAUCAAGUGGUGAUGUCUAAGAAAAAGUACGAUAAGGGCGAGAGGAAAUUCCCAUGCUCUUAUUGUGAAAAAGCCUUUCGCUGCAAAGCCAGUCGUGAAGAACAUAUUGUCACUCACACGAAGGAAAGCAAUUUCCACUGUCCCUACUGUAUAAAAUCAUUCAGGCAUAAGACUAAUCUGCGACGGCAUAUGCGGAUUAAUCACUCCGAAAUGGAGUCUCAAGAACAUUCCCAAAGGAGCUUGGAAAAGAAAAUUUCCGAAAUUUUUUACAUUCACAAUCCAACAAAAGACUCCUUGUAAGAAUUGUCCUCAGAUUACUAUAAGACACCUCGACUACCAUAAUGCCCAAAAUAAAACCAUAUCAAAGAC